AUGGAUUUUGGUCUUCCUCCUGGUGGUAUAGGGCCGAGCCCUGGCAUCAACAUGACCCCUGGUGGCCCGCCGGGUCCUGGUGGGCCUGGUGGACCUGGUGGGCAGGGUGGGGACGGUGCUCCGGUGUAUGGCAGGCGAAAUGUGAGACUGGCCCCCGAAGUGAACCGAAUCCUGUAUGUGCGCAAUUUGCCCUACAAAAUCAGUGCAGAUGAGCUCUAUGACAUAUUUGGCAAGUACGGCUCAAUCCGUCAGGUUCGCCGUGGCAAUGGCCCAGAAACGCGCGGCACCUGCUUCGUGGUCUACGACGACAUCUACGAUGCCAAGAAUGCCAUGGACCACUUGAGUGGUUUCAACGUCGCAGGACGGUACUUGGUGCUGUUGUACUAUAACCCCUUCAAGAUGCAGCAGAAGGUGGAUGCAAAGGUCAAGCGCGAGGACAUCGAGAGGCUCAAGAAGAAGUUUCUUUGA